AUGCGAUCCAUCACAUCCUGGAAAGCGUCUAGACGAGCGUGCGAAAUAUUGACGCGUGCGGCACCUGAUCAGAGACCUUCAACAGCGACAAUAGCCGUUAACUCAACGCUUCCGAUGGUGAAUACGAUUUUUAUUGCACACGGCGGUGCAAAUAUCCGCGCAAUAUGUCACAACAUUCCAUUUUUGCAAGACCUUUCCUUCAGAUGUACUGCGCUUAGGGAUUCGUUCACGCGCGCGGACUCCGAACUGGCAGACCAACGUGCUGUUGCUCACCUGGAAUGCCCGGGAGACGAUAUCGCCAACACAGACUAA